AUUGCACCUUUGAGCAGGCCAUAAUCGACCAGCAGACUUGAGAGAGACUUGCUCAUGAGCAAUGCGAAAGCUUGCUUGCUUGCUUGAGUUGGCUGCCCGCGAGCUGGCAACGUACCAGCCUUCAGAAUCAGAUGUGAAUUGGCUUUCUUCCCCUGGUAUCGCUUGAGCUUUUGGCUUGGAAAGCUUCUGUCAAGGAGCGGGUAAGGUCCAGGCAGGGCCCGCGGUGUUCUUUAAGGCCCAGGGGACACUUCAAAUGGACGGCCUAAUGACGGAGUUUGCCAGCUGCGUCGUGCAGGCGCUGCGGAUGGGCCCGGAGCACGAGGUUGCAAGCAUCAUUAAAGAAACAAUCAACCUGCUCAAGCUGCGCAUCAGCGCUGGUUUUGCGAACGGCUUUGCGCUGGCGCCGGGGCAGGGGGGGCCUGUUCUCCAGGGCGGGGCCAGCCCUUACUUAACCCAGACGCUAACCGGCUUUGAGGUGUGCGAAGAUGGCAGGGCAGCCAAGCGCCGGAAAGUCAUGCGGUGCUCGGUGCAGGAGUGUGAGGAGCAGCCGACACAUGGGUGGUACCUUGUGAAGCCAAUUGCGUGCAAGAAUCAUGCGGAUGCGGGGAUGGAUGAGUACGAGCCCCGGAAGCGGUGUAACAUCAUCAAGGACCAUCAGACAAUCAGCCAGUGCAAGAAGCAGCCAACUUAUGGGUGGCCAGGAUUCAGGCCUGUGGCAUGCCGCACUCAUGCCGAGCCUGGCAUGGAGGACGUUGUGAGCAAGCGGUGCAACUUUGUGGACGCCAGCGGGGUGCAGUGCGAUAAGCAUCCGAGCUUCGGACAUGCGGGCGAACUGCGGACCCGCUGCCGCCAGCACGCGGAGACCGGCAUGGACCUCGCGCGCCAGCUUUGCACCACGGACGGCUGCGAGAAGCGCCGGCGCUACGGCUGGGCGAUGAAGAAGCCGAUCAAGUGCCGGGAGCACGCCGAGACGGGGAUGGAGAACGUCAUCCCGUACGAAAAGUGCCAGGGCUCGGACGGCGACGACGUGUGUACGAAGCGUCCGAAUUACGGGUGGCCGGGGCAGAAGAAGCGCACGCACUGUAAGGCGCACUGCCAACCGGGGAUGGAGGAUUUGAACAACAGAAAGUGCGGGUGCCCGGACGGGACCAUGGUGGGUUGCAAGCUGCGGCCGAAGUUCGGGUUCCCAGGCGAGAAGGCGUCCCGGUGCAAGGCCCACGCAGAAGAGGGCAUGGUCGACGUGGGGCACGCUAAGUGCGAGAUCGCGGGUUGCAUGAAACGAACACAAUAUGGGUGGGCGGGGGGCGCAUCCAAACCCACCCGGUGCAAAGGCCACACCGAACCUGGCAUGGUAGACUUGACGAAACGGGUGUGCGCGUUUGACGGGUGUAAGGGGAAAGUUGUCACGGGCCCCCCGAAAGAGACAAGCUGGCGGUGCGAGGCGCAUGCAGAGCGGCAGUCGGUGCGCGUGUUGGAGCUGCGGGCGAAGGCGGGGCUUGAGGCGCAACCGGCGGCCGGGACGCCGGCUGGGUUUGUGAUGGGCGCGGUCGGCUGAUGCCGGGAGGUCGGGUACUGUUCGGGCUGAUUUUUUUUUGACACCGUAGUGUUGAACAGAUUGAGUAAGAGGCUCACGUCAUCGUUGCUCACGAUGUCUUCUUCGUGAGGGCUCUGUCACGAAGCCGUUGUGGAAUCUGUCCGCACUGCAUUUCUGCAGAUAAGAGUGCGGUUCCUCUCUGCUUCAACGUAUAUAAUCCUUGCUGCACAGCCAGGUUUUCGGACACACCUGUCAAGCCCAAAAAGUUUUGCUAGCCAUGGCUGCAUUUAUGAUAUGCAGGGACAUGCAUAUCUAUUCGUAUUUCGACCGAGUUACUAUGCGCC